UGUAGCCGGUUGCCAUGGAGGCGACGCUGGGCCUAGUGGGAAAGGCGAGGCCCGCGGGAAGGCCCGGCUUAGGAACGCGGUGGGGGGGACUCCUGGGAGCCUGUUAGGCUGGAGGCGGCUGGAGGCUCAGCCCAGCGCCGAGUGGAGCCUCCAGCCCAGCGCCGAGUGGCACCGUGACUAGGGAGGCGUCUCCAGCAAACAGGGCUCACCCCAGCCAGCCAGCCAGCCACAGCCAGCUGCUUCAGCUGUGCUUCUGAGUAGCAGCAGAGAGCACGAGAGCGCGGAAGGGUUUUGGGACAGCUCCAAGUGAAGUUGCUGGAGGAGAGGAGGAAGGAGGGCCCUCCCCUCGCCUUUUUGAGGAAGUUCACACAAGAACACGUGGAAGCGAGUGAGCAGCCAAGACUGAGGCCCCAGGGAAGCAGCUCCUCCUGGAAGUUUGCUCCCAAACAGCUACAAGAUCAGAACGGUCUGGAGCUCCAGAGGUGACUUGGGGCCACUUGCUUAGUUCUGGGAGCAAGGAGAGAAACCACAGCAGCAUCUGUGGGGCAGUUUUGAGCCGGCCCCUGAGGAAAAGGUGCAGUCAUGGGCAGCUCUCUCAGGCAUCCUGCAGGCCCCUUGCCCUGGCAAGAAGGCCCUUCAACGGUUGCAACUGGGAAUGGGUCGUCCUUGCCUGCCAUAUUCUGAGACUUUGCUUUGGGAGCAGAGGAGGUGACAGGUUGGGUGUUAUCUGGCUAAUGAGGUUUAUAUCACAGCCUGAACAGUAGCAAUUCUCAUCAGGUGUGUACCUGGAAACUCAUUCACUGCCCUCUGAACUGGAGAGGGUGCAGAGGGUGAGGCGCGGGCUACUGCUUGGAAGCCAGGCUGAGGAUCAAAGCCGCUAGCAGAGACAGAGGGUCCAGUUUUAUUCUCAAUAGAAGGGCGGCCGGGUGGGCUUUGAUUGGAACAAGCUGUGCUGUGGAGGAUGGAUCUUGGGAAACGGGCUUGUGGAGAAGGGCUAGCCACUCAACCUUCUCCUUAGCCCAUUGGUGGCAUCUCGAGCACCAUUAAGACCCCUUGGGAGUAGUAUGCAAAGGGCGGCUCCUUCUCCCAGUCCGAGCCUGAAGCAAAGGUGGGGGGAAUCCCACAUUUAGUUCACAAUGUGCUUUUGUUGUUAGCUAACCUGCACGGUGAGAGGCUCCCGACUCCAAGACUUUAGGUUUUAAGGGCCAGUUUGCCCAACCGGGGUGGAGGAUGCCCUUUCUUUGCCAGAGAAGCUGCUCCGGUCUCAGAAAGCUUCCGUGGCGCAGCACUAAGAAGCCCUUUGGCCAAACUCUUCCAGAGGCUUGCUGCGGAUGCUCAGUGGGGGCCUGGGACCUUUAACAGCGUUCCGCCCCCCUCCCCUGGUUUGCUGCCAAUGCUUCUGGGCUCUCCAUGACUGUGCAUGCUGGCUGAGCAAGUGACAUUGACCAGCUAUGGCUGAGCACUUGGAGCUGCUGGCGGAGAUGUCCGCCGUGGGCCGGAUGGGCACGCAGGAGCGGCUGAAGCAUGCCCAGAAGCGCCGUGCGCAGCAGCUGAAGAAGUGGGCGCAGUUUGAGAAGGAGGUGCCGGGCAAGAAGUCCAAAGCCGAGAGGAAGAGAAAGGGGGGCAGAAAGGAGAGGCACGUGGCGUUUCCUGAGAAUAUCGAGCUGUUGGAGGCUGCGUGCCGCAAUGAUGUGGCGGAAGUCCGCCAAUUCCUUCAGAGUGGCCUGAGCCCCAAUUUGUACAAUGAAGACGGCCUUACUGCUUUGCACCAGUGCUGCAUCGAUGACUACAGGGACAUUGUGGAGUUGCUGCUGGAAGCCCGUGCUGAUGUCAAUGCCUGCGACAGCGAGCUCUGGACCCCCCUGCACGCUGCUGCCACCUGCGGGCACCUGCACUUGGUGGAGCUGCUCAUCGACAAAGGCGCCAACCUGCUUGCCGUCAACUCGGAUGGGAACAUGCCGUAUGACCUCUGCGAGGAUGAUGCAACGUUGGACUACAUUGAAACGGCCAUGGCCGACCAAGACAUCACUCAGGAGACGAUUGAGGAGGCCCGUUCGGCUGUGGAGUGCGCCAUGGUGGAGGAUAUCCGCCGGCUGGUCAAGGAAGGUGUGGACCUGAACACGCCAUUGGACCACAGCGCCACCCUGCUGCACAUAGCCUCCGCCAAUGGCUACCUGGAGGCGGCCGAGUUGCUGCUGGAACACAAAGCCAGCAUGAGCGCCAAGGAUAACGAUGGCUGGCAGCCCCUCCACGCGGCCGCUUGCUGGGGCCAGAUCCAUCUGGUGGAGCUGCUGGUGGCUCAUGGAGCAGACCUCAACGGGAAGUCGGUGUUGGACGAGAGCCCGCUCGAUGUGUGUGCGGACGAGGAAGUGCGCGCCAAACUCCUGGAGCUGAAGCACAAGCACGAUGCCAUCAUGAAGUCACAUGACAAGCACAAGUCACUGCUCCAGCGCCGCACCUCCAGCGCCGGCAGUAGAGGGAAAGUGGUGAGGCGGGUCAGCGUCACGGAGCGCACCAACCUCUACCGCAAGGAGCACGAGAAGGAGGCCAUUGUCUGGCAGCAGGCAGAGCAACGGGAGAGUGAAGGGGAAGAUGAGGACAGGCAGACGGAUGCCGAACUCCAGCAGUGGGUUUUGGACCCCGAGUCGGAGGCAGUGGGGCCAGGAGAGCAGCAGUCCGAGCGCAAUGGCACAGCCCACCCCAAACACUUGUACUCCAAGCGGUUGGACCGUAGCGUCUCUUACCAGCUGGCCACGCAGGACGACCGGGCUGCCAAUCUCAGCAAGGAGAAGGCUCAGCACACGUUAGCUGACCUGAAGCGCCAGCGAGCGGCUGCGAAGCUGCAGAGACACCAGCCAGAGGACUUCCCUCUCGGUGCUGGUGCGGAGCCCCGCCCAGACUCAGAACACAACUCUGUGUAUUUUACCGCAGCCAGCGGGGACCCCCCACUCCUCAAGCUCACUGCUCCGGCUGAAGAGACUCCAGAUGAGAAGAGGCGCUGCUGUAAGCUGAUGUGAGCUGGGAGAGACCUCCUCCUCCGCCUCCUUGGGAUCUGCUGACCCGGGGCUGGUGGCCAUCCCGCCUAUGCCCAGCAAGGGCAGCGCCUUGCACCUCCAGGGACUGGACGGCCAGCGUCUUCUCAGGAACUUGUCUGUGGGGGAGGCAGCAGGCAUGGGAGACUCCACUCCACAGUGAUAAAAAAAUGAGCUCACCGCAGGGUCCUUUGUGGCAGAUGCAGAAAUUAGCCUGCUAAACUACAAUGCCCCGCAUGCUGUUUUCUAGGACGCUGCAGUGCAUUUUGGGAACUGUAGUCUCGACAGGUAGUUUCUCUGUGUUAGGAGACGAUGGCUGUUGGGCAGAAUAAGCGUUCUAUUGGCUCUGAAAGGAGAGUCCCUGUAGCUGUUCUGCCGCCCCUGCAGGCUUCAGAGAUUUUGGGCAAGGACAAAGCAACUCUGCUGCACCUGUGCUUUGGAUGGUACCUUUGCCCCGUGCAGCAUUUGCACUAGCCCUCGUGCCCAGGGCACAAGUGAAGGCGAGCGGAAAGUGUUCCGGCAGCUGCUGUGCUUUUGCACAGGGGAGCAGCAGGCCACUGCUGCUCUAUAGAGAUACGAAGCGCAGGUUUCCUGGUGAAGAUGGGCAUACGUGAGGGUGUCUCUGCCUCCACAGUGUCCUGUUUGCUCAAAAUUAUUCUGAGUGUUCCAUGCAAUUUUCUGUGUUUCCCAGAUGAACUGAAGGGUGGGAAGGUGGGUUUAAAAGGAGCCAGGGGCUAUACUUGAUCUGCACAGCUUGCUGUCAGAGUGGAGUGGGGCAUAAGAGCAAAGGCCUCAAGUGUGACACUCUCACACCCCUCUCCAAAAUGUCUGGCUGCUCUCUCUGGUGUGUGUGAAAUGGGACUUUCACCCCCCCCCAUGCCCCCUCUCCUCAGAGCUGAUCAGGCACAGAGAAGGGCAUGCUGGGAAAGGGCAGCUGGGAGGAGGGGUUCCCCUUGUUUUUUCUUGGGCUCAGUUGCUGGACAGCAUGGCUGUUUCUGGGGUGACUCAGAGACUGGGAGGGCAUUGUAGUGGUUGAGAGAGCAUCUCCACCAGUCUGUACAUUGACAGACGCAAUAAGCCUUGGUGAGGAGGGACUGGAAGUGAUACAAGGCCAGCCCUGGAUGGGCCUGGUGGUGGGUGGGUGCAAGACACAUACCUACAUCCCCUCCACCAGGCCCAUGCCAGGUUGGCCUUGGCUGUGUAUGUGCUGCUGGUGUCUGUUGCCUCUCCUUCACCUUUUCCUGUGCUGCAGUGGUUGUGGCCUUCUGCCCCCCCAUGCCCAGUGGUGUCCACAAAGGGCAGCGGGGGGAUAGAUUCAGGUUGCUUGCAGUGCAACCUGUGACAGGGAAAGGAGCCGUUCCUGGCGUAGCUGCCGCUGAUCCCAGCCUCCAUAGAAGCGGCCUUGCCUUGGACUUUGCAAGGGGGGCCUCAGAUGUUCUCCUGCUCCUGGGCUGAGGCUGCUUCAGCUGUGGAGCUCCUCAUAAACUCCCUUACGGACAAACCUACGAGACUGUCUCUGUCAAAGUGGGCCUGUUCUGUAAGCCCCCCAGUUCUGAGCAUGCCCAGUUGUCUUUGGGGCGUGGGCUUCCUCAUUCCAAUCAAGAAUGUUAUUUCUCUCUCUCGUGCAGCCUUUGCCAACCUGUGCCUCUCCAGCGGGUUUGAACUGCAACGCCCGUCAGCCCCAGCUGGCAAAAGCACUAGAGGGCACCAGGUUGGCAAAGGCUGCCCUUGCCACUUUGUAGGCCCUGCAUUUUCUAUUUCUUUGUCUUAAAACAUUGACAGUGUUUUUUCUAACUACUUGAUUUUAUUUCUAAUCCUGAUCUUUUUCUUGUCAUUGAUGAAGCAAUAAAUGAGUGGCCUCUGCCUUCUUCAGGCAUUCUUGUGAACUGCCGUGGAGGCCGUGGAAGGGGCUCUCUUGACCAGGGACCAAAUUACGUGUUCUUUCUCCCCCCCCCAAAAAACCCCAUGCACAUUCCAAGAAGGCAGCAGCAUUCCUGCAAGGAGCCUGCCUCUGCUGUUGUGCCUGAUGUGGCUGGUAGCAUGGUCUGGGCAGCAGCCCAAGGCCCCCUCUGUGCCCCAUGGGAGUGGCACCCUCCGCAAUCUCUUCUGCUGGCAUCCUAAGGUUUGGACUGGUUCUCCCCCCCCCCGUGUCCCUGAUAGGGGAGCUGGCUUGGUGGUACUGGAACUGAGCUGAAAGGUGCUGUGCUGUAAACCCAUCCACACCACCAGUGCCACCCAUGUUCUUCCCCGUGCAAAUGUGAAUGGCAACUUCUGGGUCACCCUUGCCCUGCGGAAUUGUCUGCUUUUCAGACACAUGCCACAAAGAAUCUGGGCUCUGAAGGUGCCGCAAGAUUCUUUUAACCGUAGCUUUUCAGCUCUUUUGAGCACAGAGGUGGGUUUGCUGUGACUGCCACGUUUUGCAUGGCUGGAACUGUUCCUGCUUUGAGCGGUACUCUGUGGAGUCUGUUAAAGGGGAGGUUCUGCAUCAAGAAUAAAUGUUGCACAUUCGGCAGGGAGACUCUGCAGCCCUGCAAAAAGUCCACAAGCCCAGAUAGUGCCUUCUCCUUUCUGCUCUCUGUCCCCCACUUUCCCUGUUUUUCUUCUGGAGCAACGUGGUUGCCUGUCUUUACCUCCUGAGGCAGGCAAACCCUCCUCUACCAGCUCCUGCACAUUUCCCCCCAGCAAACUCUCCCGUGCAAAUUCAUGUUUACGCACAAGCGAUUUGUUCCCAAGCCCUGGGCUACCUGGGGGCAGAUACAUUGUUCAGCAGCUCUCAGGAACCCAGUAGUCACAGAGGGACCUUGCCUUCCAGUAGCAAACAGUGAUGCUGUUCCUUCCUUCCUUCCUUCCUUCCUUCCUUCCUUCCUUCCUUCCUGGCCAGAGUUAGCUGAGGGUGCAAUGGCAGCCCAUCUCUGUAACUGAGACCAACAGGACGACAGGCUCCUAUGACUUGGGCACACUUCAUCCGGGGUUUUAGGCCCCGUUGAAAUGAGCAAGAGCCGCACCAGCUGUGCUUUUGCACACAAAUCCUGCUCGUCUUAGUGAGACUUGCACUGUAGAAUAUCCAUCAGAUGGUGCCCGCAGUAAUGUGGUGGGUGGGCACCAUUUGGCUCUUCUGCCUUAGGACCUCCAAUGACACUCUUGGGCCAGGCCUGCGCCUGGAUGGAUGGAUGCAAAGCCCCCUUCCUGAGGUGGGGCUCUUCGCUUUUCAGGGGUGCUACUAGGGGGU